UGUGGGGUGAUGUGGGAAGCGAUCGUGGGGAGGUGUUUGCGAAAUAUCUUCUCUCCGUUGUGCGAUUUUCGUCCGUCGUGAUGGACUCCGGGACGGAGGCGUAAUCUUGCGCCACGCGUUAUCGGCGAGAUAAUUAUUUCCCGCGUGCUCGUUCGUCAACGUGCAGCCGAGGGAAACAUCAUGUGCGCGCAAAGCCGCUGACGGGACGAAGCGAAAACGCCGCGGCUGCACGGUCUCUUCGACAAUGAGCGAGGAUACGAGUCCUUCGGAUCGUCAGAUCCUGCUCUCCCGUUUGCUGGACGCCGUUAAACAGUGCCAGAUCCGCUUCGGGGGACGCAAGGAACUUGCCACGGAGAGCGAUAGCAGGGUUGUCAACCUGUGCACGCAGUUCGAGGCCGUCCUGCAGCAUGGGAUGAAAAAAUCCAAAGGAUUGAGCUCGAUCAGGCAAGUCUCAGAGAUUGUCAAGGGCUUGAAUCUCUGGAACAGCGACUCUGACUACGUGUUCUGGCACUACGUGCGGACCCACCUGACCAAGCACGAGCUGGAGCGGUACCUGGUGCUACGGCACGUCAACACCGACGAGGGCCGCGGGCGGGCCUGGCUGCGGUCCGCGCUCAACGAGCACGCCCUCGAGCGGUACAUGCACAUGCUCGUCGGCGAUCCUGCGCACAUCAGCCAAUUCUACGAGGACACUGCCUUCCUGAUGGACCAGGAAAAAAGCAGCAUGCUUCCCACCAUGUCGGCAGGUCUGGGAUCCAUCCUGUUUGCAAUCAACAUUGACAAUCCCGAUCUGAACCCUCCCGAGUCGAGCGUCACCGUGCGGGGUCUCACGCAGAGUGGACUCGCAGACACACGUCCAGUUCUCGCCAAAGGCUUGGUUGAGGGCAAGCGGAAGAAGAAGCGCCGCAAGCCUCGGUCCAACGUGGUCUCCUUCGACGACGAAGACGACGACGAUUACACGUUGGACAGCAGGUUUCUGGGCAACCACAGUUGCUUCAGUGCACCAGCGACAUGCGUCUCGUCUCCCGUGGCAACCGAGUUCCCAGCUGCAACCCUGCAGGCAAACGGUGACGUGUCGUCCGCCGCGGGAGACACCGCCGAUGACGAGGGAGCCACCACUGCCGUGCCUGCAAGGGCGCCGGCAGACGACACUCAGAGUGUCGAGUCCCUUGCCACUUCCGAUGGGAACCUGUCCGACGAAAGAGAGCCCAACCCACGGGGCAAGCCAUCAGCGGCCAUCCCGGUCGAGCGAGCAAAGACGUGGUCAGGGUCAACCGAGUCUUCGGGAUCACCGAGGCCUGAGCUGCCCAGUUCUGUGUCCUCAUCGCCAAUGAGCCAUGGCAAGGAAGCGGGGACCAGCUGUCAGCCGUCGUCGCUGACGCCAAUCCUGGACCUCUCCAUCGGGGACCUCAUUCCAGUGUGCCAUCCCGCGGAAGAUGGCGCUAGAUCAGAGGACUCCAUUCCCAGCUACAGUGAAGACACGGAGACGGCAGCGGCUGCUCUAAUGCUGGCGCAGAACGUGUCGUCUCUCGCGCUCAGCGCCGUUGAGUCGCCGAGUGCUGCGGCUGUGGAAGCUGAGCUUUCCUCUGACAUGGCGUCGGCAACACCAGAUGAGCUCAAGCAAGCCCUGCUUGUGAUGACUCAGCAAAUCAAGGAUGUUGAACAGGAGAACACUACCCUGCGAAGGAUGGUGGAGCAGGAGAGCGAAAUGAGUGCCAAACUGCGGGCCGAUGCCCGGGAGGCUGAAAAGCAGACCAUUGAGCGGCUGGACAAACAGGAGUCCCGGAUACAGACACUUACCAGGGAAAACCAGUUGCUGAAGCACCAGCUUAAGAAGUACAUAGCAGCAGUGCAGAUGCUGAAGCGGGACGGCCUGGCAGCUCACGAGGAGCUCCGAAACAUGGUGGGAGAUGUCGAGCCCGCCAUUCCGGACGCCAAGCCGCACAUCGACCACCAGUUCGAGGCCAGCGAGUAUGAGAAGAAGCUGGUUCAGGUGGCUGAGAUGCAUGGGGAGCUGAUGGAGUUCAACGAGCGGCUGCAUCGUAUGCUGCUCUUCCGCGAGUGCACCAUCCGCAGGCUACGAGAAGAACUCACAGACCUGCGCGGACCGCUGCCCGAUGAAAACCAGACUUCCGAUGACGACCUGAGCGUAACAUCGGACUAUGAUGCGUGAUCGCAGAGCGCAUCUCUGAGGCCGCUGAUCAACUUGUGGAUACCUUCAGCAUUCCUUGCUGGGCAUCAGUCACAUGCAUUCCACGUCUACCAAGUGUACGUGCGCAUUAGAGACGACGAGUGGAACGUGUAUCGACGCUACUCACAGUUCUAUGCCCUCCACAAGCAGCUGUGCAAGAAAAACCCCGUCGUCUACUCCUUUGACUUCCCGCCCAAGAAGUCAAUAGGCAACAAGGAUGCCAAGGUCGUAGAAGAGAGGCGUCAACGGCUCCAGCGAUACCUGCGGAGUGUCCUCAACUUCCUCACGCAGACGUCACAGGAACUGAUCGACAGUCCUGACAGAGCCACCCUCGUCAGGCUGUUGCCUUUCUUCAGGGAACAAGACACGACGCACUCUAAGGUACGACAGGCACGGCGCACUGCGCAGCGGCUCCGUGUGCCAGUGGUAGCGGGCAGUUCGCCGAGCCAAGGUGCCAGCUCGGCCCAUGUACCCGUGCGCCACUACAUGGGUCACUGAACGCCACUCGGGGGGCAAGAAGAGACCAAACCACUUCAGAGAAUCUCAGCGACUUGUCAAGUCUUGGCGCCCUUUCCCAUCGUCCUCCUCCAUCUUGCUGCCGUCUCGCAUUACCAAAGGUCGAGGAAGUGCCGUGCAUUUCCUGUCUUUCACCCUGUAUCCCGUCGUGAAAGUGGCGAUGUUCCUUUCGACGCAGGAGUGCUCUUUCCGAAGAGUUUGCUCACUGUCGCAACGAUGUAUUUAACCACAGGUGCUGACGCCCACGAAUGGCAGUUUUUUUGUGGUGGAGAAAAUGCCGUACAUUGCCGAUUGCGCAGGCUCGAUCGUGCCACCUGUUGCGUGCCCGGGGCAUUGCGGCAUGACCGCCGUUGUUGGGAGGCACGCGAGACUUUGUUUUCCUCAGUCGGGCGGGCCGUCCCACGCCUGCCCAGAUGCUGACGUUUUCCGCGAAUGUCUACGUUGCCUAUCAAAGUCGUAGCCAUCAGAGUUUAUAUAACUUCCUGUCGGAGAACGACGCGGCGGCGCUCUCACCUUCGCAGUGUACCGGCUGUAUUUUCACGUUGCACCAUUUCUGUGCUUUCAAUGGCACCGGUGCUGCUCACCUAAACAUUGCAUUUGGAUAGCGAAGUAGACUAUAUUGAAUAGCGCAGCACGACAGCUUUGGUCUAGUAUUGCCAUAGGUAGCGAAGAAAAUGCAGUCAGAGGGCUGAAAAUAGGCUGUUCAUCGUUCCUUAUUUGAAACGUGAACGCUUCUACGUUUGAUGCAUUCGAGUGAUCCAAUACUGUGCUUAGUUUGGAUCGCUGUUUAGUUUUGUUUUGUGCUGAGAGCCUAAGGCCUUAUUUCAGCCUUUACAAUCUUAAAUUGUAGAUACCAAAGUUGAGACCUUGGAACUGUAAUUAAUAACGAAAAUAGCGUAAUAAAGUAAACAGAAAUGUGUCUGUGUGACUUCUUGUAGGACCUGUGUUAUGAAAUUGGUUAUACAAAGCUUGCAUGAGAGGAAAGAUCUGUGGUUGUAUGCGUUUAGGCAGUUUGCAUGCAGUCUUCUCUCGAUUUUUAUGCUGACGACUUGCAUCAGGGAAAUUUGCGUAAAGUGGAUGGCAGCGUUUUUCUCCCUGCACUACGUGUGAAAUGGUUAUGUUCCGUGUACCUGAAGUAUUUCCAAGGGUUGAGGGCACAGAGUCUACAUUCAUGGAUGUAGCUGAAACUCACUGGAAUUUGUCAUUUUGUUCUGCUGCUGCGUACUUUUGAUGAUGCCACAUAAGCAAGAAACAUGUCUGUACCAAUCAUUUCUAUAAUGUUUAGAUGUGUUCUGCAUAAGGUGUUAUGAAGCAGGCAAGAUUACAGUAUACUUCUACUGCCAGUAAACAAAAAAAAAAACUUGGAUUCACUCAUGCCAGCACAUAACCUUGCUUAGUUUGUAUUUGUAAUAGCGUCACAUGCUAUAGAAUCUGUACCUGUAACUUGCAACUGUACGUAGCUAUGGGUACGCAAGUACAUUUAUUUGCUAGAAUUGUAGAAAUGACACGUAUUGAGAUUUACAGUAGACAACAACAAAAAAAGUAUAUUAUGGAUGGUGCUGACUGAAGGUUUGUCAUUGAAUAGCCAUUUGAUAAUGCCAAGGUUAGUAUAAACUGAAUAUUUGUCAUAGUCCUCAACAAGUUGAGGCCACUCAGCCUUGCGUCUCGAGACAUGGUCAGCAUAUUCGUUCAUAGUCACGAUCAAGUUUCUAGGCUGACAGUUAGAAAAUUGUCAGAAUUUUUAAAACUAGCCGAAAAUGAGCGAGUUCUGGCAACAAGUUUGAUAUGUAGCCAAGCUGCGACUAAAUAGUGGUCAGAGGAAUCUAUGCUCUGCACUACUUAGUGCAAAGCAUUUACUGGAAGUAACCUGAAACUAGGUAGUAUAUAUGUAUUCUGGUAUAAGCAAUGCUGAAAAUAGCCAGACUGGGGCUGAAUAGUGGUCACAGGAAUGCUAUGCCACUCGGAUGUGAAUACCAACACGUUAGCGUUAUGGAAUGCUUGAAUAUGCAGUGCGACUGAAUGCAUCCCAUUUUUAUUGUGAAAUUCGAUUAAUGCCAGUGUUUUAUGGUACCUCGGUAUUUAAAGUAUUUAAGUAUAUAAAUACAAGGAUGUAACUGCCGUACUCAAUAGUGAUUAUCGAAUUAGCCAAGAGGUAGCCAAGCAGUAAGCAACCAGAUUUCUUUUUCAGCCAACAGGUCUUGAAAGUAAGCAUAGCGUAGCCCUACCUGGAAAUUCUAAUCCAUCAUAUAGCAGAACUUUGAGAUUGUUUAGUACCAUGCAUACUGACCUUGGUAAUAAGGUUGUGUGUUGCAGCUGCUCCAUGACACAUUCAUGCACAUCACACGGUGCUGUGUCGUACAGCUUUUGAGUCAUUUGCUGCACGUCUCUAGCAAAUAGGCUUAGUGAUUGCUACAGGCAUUUCUUGCUGCCUUGCAGCUGGCUUCGAAAGAGCUAUACGUAGUGUUUCGACCAUUGUUGCUGCAUCUGGCAUUCAUACACGUAGAAGGUUUAGGUUUGCAAGACAACAGUGCAACACUUCGCAGUCAGAAAACAAGAAUACUCGUAGAAUGAGAUAGGCUGUUGGUGUUUUUGCACACAAGUUUCGCAGAACAGCAUUUUACUAGGCAUCUCAGGCGUAAUUUUGGAGUUCACAGAUUGUUAGUUGAUAUCUGGCCAUGUUUAGUCAGGCUUAUGAGGUCGAGUUAGACGGAAACCCAUCUAGUUUGGGAAGAAUCAAGAAUGACAAAAAAAACAAAACACGGUGCCAACCAAGCUAAAGUUUUGUUUCAUUUAAAAAGACUGUUACAUGCCUGUUUGGCAGUGUUGUUAACCAUCAAAGACGUUUCAGCUCCGACAGAAGAGCUGAAAUGUCUUUUAAAUGAAAAAAAAAGUUUACCUUGUUUGUCACUGUGUUUAUUUUUUGUUACUGUGCUUUGUCAUCAUUCAGCUGUUUGCAGGUUCGUGAAUGCAAUUGUCACAGCAUUGGAAAGCGAGUUUGCAACUAGUGGUGGGAUAUGACGACUGUGUCUUUGAUGUAGUAGUGCGGCAUGGCUUCUGAUAGUGGUAUAGUAUCUCAUUAUGUUAGCCAGAGUCUUGCUUUUGCAAAAUAUUGCCACAACUGAUGGACCUGUGCCACGUAGUGUAAACACUUUUGUGGAGGUUCUUGUGCUUUUCUACCUGUAAGUUUAAGAUGUGCGCAUACUUUUAAGUGCUGUAUGACCCACUACCAUUCCUUGGUGACUUUGAAGCUGCACAAGCUUGCAUUUACACUGUCUUAAUUGCUACAUGCUCAUAGACUGUGUGUGAAACUAUUAUUGCAAAGUGCUGGGUUACCGUAAAAUGUGGAUAGCAGGAGCGAUGUUCAUAGUGUCCUGUGGUGGUGCAGGAUGUAACUGUAGAGAAUGCAGGGCUGUUAUUAGUGACUGACCACAUUGGACUUGACUCUUUAUUGUUCGCAUUGGCGGUUGUUUACGUGAAGGCUUUUGCAACGUUUUUCUUAGACCCGCAUGUAAUACAACUUGUAAUACUAGCACAUCGCAACUGGGCAAGUCAUCAGCCAUUUCCACUUGUUUUACCAACUGCACCUACAACUCCAGUAACCCAGUAAUGUUUAUGGACAUUUAAUGCUUGCUGUUGUUUGAAUAUUAUUUGCUACCUAGGUCAGCUUGUUAGCAUUAUGUGCAAAUGAAGUUUGUACUUGAAUUGCAGUACAGCAGAGCAAGUUUGUAAAGAAAACAUCUGUUGACAUUAAACCAAAGGAAAGAAAAACGUUGCUGCCAAAAAAGAAAAACGGCAGCAAGUUUUUGCAUGCAGCAGUGAAAUAAGUAACAAUAAUAUAGUAAUAAUGAUGAUGUAAUAUUAGAAGAAAGCACGAGAAAAAAUAACAGACAAGGAAAGAACCGAUGGGUUCUUUCCUUGUAUAAAAGUGUGAACCAACAGCCCAAACCAGACUUUAUUCAGAGUACAACUUACAAUAAUGAGCUAAGAUAUUUGCAAUAUAAUUAGAAACCACAGAGGUAGAUGUAAAAGCGUAUAUUUUAGCACUCUGCCAGUCAUGCUAUGCCGAAAUCCAGCUGCUCUGCAUGUUUUUAAACAUUACGCAGAGUGCUCGUUUCAUCUGAUUAUUUCCUACCUACACACACACAUAAAAGUUUAUAAUCAUGAAGAUACGAUGUAUGUCUCAUUGGAUAGUUACAAGGACGUUGUGUAAACACCUUUGCUAUUUUAUCUGUGAGUUGGUUGCAGUCUGUGUUUAAGGGAACAGAUAGCUGGGUAGCACUGUAAGGUUGCAUGCAAGGUUCCUUUGUUGUGUUUCCUGUUUUUUUUUUUUUCGCUUUUAAGUACCGUCAUGCAGUCUGUGCACACACUGCGCGUUGUUUAACGUGCAACACAUUCCCUCCUGCCAGUAUUUUAUUUGUAGCCUGCAUUAUUAUUACGCAUAUUUGUUUGUACAUAGAAACAUUAAUAGUAGUUAUACAUAUAUAUGUGCACUUGUACUUUGCACUCACGGAAUAUAUACUGUAUAGUAUGGAUUCGUACUCUCACGGUGCACACUUUUUCAUCCCUGUUGCAUCGCAGCACACAUACCCGUUGUUACGUUUCAUGGCUGUUGCAGAUAGCAUUUGCGCCCCGAAUGAUAAGAAGAUGGCGAAGGUUUAAACGGUCGUGUAUUAACUGUGAUUGGAAGCGUCGUACUUGUACAAGGCAUGGGAACUCCCGUGCAGCAUGGAACCUGCAUGUGUGUCAUGAUUGAAGACGUGAGGCAAGAUUUUAAACGGCACAUGCUAUGACACAUCAUCAGCAGGAUUUAGCAGUGAAGGUCACUGUCACGAUAAGGUUGUGAGGUUGCGACUCCGCGAUCUGCUGUUUGCAGAAGAGUGCGAGAGUUGGCGAUUGCUGCGAGACCAUGUAGAUGUGGCGAGCGGCGAAAGAACAUGACUGCCUAUGUUUGCUUUGUCUAGAGCAGAAGUUUCAAAACCUAAGCCUGGUGCUUGGCUGUGCACAGAGCUUUCUGCGGGCAGCACUUACGUCACAUUGUAGUGGUGAUGAUGGCUGAUUAGGCUUCAGAAAGUGCAGCAAAAAUUUAAGGACGUUCACGCAGAAGAAUUUUGUGAGCUUCGUAUAAUGAGACUUCUGGUCUGGAGUAUGUGCAUGCAUUAUGUUGUUUGUGACACAUUUAUGUGUAUCUGCAUGCCUGUAAUCCAUUUGCGCCAUUAUUUUUCAUCCAUGUGCAGCGACUUUCUAUCUCCAUGUACACAGCAGCUUGCCAAAUCUUUCUCGCAUAUAUACUGGUCUAGAUAUGCUAUUGUGUGUUCGGCAGCCGCGAGAGGCAAAGGUUAAUGUGGGCGAAAUGUUUGAAAACAUGACGGACUCCUUUCAGCUUUGUUGUCUUGUGAUAAGAAUCGGAAUUGUGCUUGAUCGUGCAUUCAGAGCGGACAGCCGGAGGAAAAAUGUUGCCGAAUUGCGAACUUUUGCUGUACAGAAAUUUUGCGGUUACAUUUCAACGUACCACACACACCGUGCUGCUGCAUGCAGCGUUGUUUGUACUUUGUCCACACAUGUAAAGCAUCUGAAUGAAUGUUAUGAAUAAAAAAAAAAGUUUACUUUCAAA